AUGGCCAAGCGAAAUAUGAUGGGAUUUGGUGUGCAAGCAUCGGGAUCAGAGUUCUUCAAAAUCCUUUCUGAAAAUGACUUUAUUGAGACCUGGCAUGUUAACGACCAGCCAGACAACAACUUUGCGUUACAAAUUGUUCGAACUAGCCCCCACCACUUGCUUUCUGGCGUCUUGAACUAUCUCCUUGAUAAUCAAGGAUUGAUAUGUUUGGCAAAUUUCUGCGCAGGCUCCGUCGAGCCGGUAGCCAUUGCCUACGACAGUCUUUUCAGAUUCUUUAUCAUUUCAGAAGUUUUUCUUAGCACCGAUUUUUCGGGGAUGUUUGAGCUUUAUACGGCACGCUCACAAACCCAACACUUUAGCAGCCCCAUUUCCAGCUAUAGUUUUCCCGAGCAUUCUGAAUCCGAUUCCUUUCAAAAUCAAAUCUUUGUUUUUACGCAACCAUUAUCAACACAAAUAGAGUCAAUUAUGGCAGAUAUUCUGGUCCCUGUAAAGAGCAAAAAUCUCCAGGUCUUUGGAUACCAUUCUGAAGAUGGCAUUCUAACGCCGCCACAGACGGAUUUUGCACCCUUUUUAUUUUAUUAA